CCUGAGCCUCAAUCUUCGAAAUAAGCUGGAGGCCCCCCGGCCUUGGUGACUGGGGACCCUAUUUGGCUCCACCAGCAGGAAGCCAGAUGGUGUCUUCAGGCUGUUUCUCAAUUUCCGGGAUAAACCCACAGGAUUUCUCUGCCAGGAGUAACCGCUCUUGCUAAAAGCAGGAUGAGUGACCUCAGACAGCGCCUCUGGGGCAUUGGGGCCACUGGGGUCAACAGUGCUGUCGCCACCGACUCAAAAGGCCACCUGCCAAUGAGCCACAUGCCACUGCCAGGAGCGGACACACACACACACACACACACACGUGUAUGCACGUGUAUGCUCCCCAGGGGCCAAGGCCAGCACAGCAUCCCACAUCAGACGGGCGGACAGCAUGUCUGUCCUGCCGCUGGGAGAUCUCUCCCACCCAGAGGAAAUGGCAGAGACCAGACGGCAGGGCCUGGAGCCCACGCAGUCUGACCAGCACCCGGACGGUGAGAGCAGCAGGAUGGAACCAGAAAGAGGGAUCGUCGACCCUCAGCCUGGGAGCCCCAGCCCAGGGAGGAGCCGACCCAUCAACCUGAACCGUUAUGCCACCAAGAAGAGCCUGGCGGAGAGCUUGCUGGACAUGGCACUCUUCAUGUCCAACACUGCACACCUGAAAGUGGUGCUAGAUCAGGGUCCGUCCUCCCAUCACUACUCCGCCCUCGUCACCCUCCUUAGCAUCUCUCUGCUCCUGCAGGCGGUCAUCGGAAUCCUCCUCGUGGUCAUGGCUGGACUGAACCUCAACAAGGUAGAAAGGCAGUGGCGACUCAACCAGCUCAACAAUGCGGCCACCGCCUUGAUCUUUAUCACUGUCAUCAUCAACAUCCUCAUCACGGCCUUCGGGGCACAAAACACUGGGCUCCUGCCUGCCGGGACCCCUCUCUGAACAUGGCCUGGAGCCCAGGUGCUGGGCCUGGAACUGCUUCCUUCUCUCCACCUUGGUCUGCCAGGCUGAAGGGCACAGCAUACAGCUUCAGGGAGAGCUCCUAGACUUGGAGGGCAGUGUAGACAUCCCUGCUUACUACCCUCGGCACCGGAACAAAGACGGGCUCUUCUCCGGGCUUAAGUGGAGUCAUCUCGGCCUGGAGUCCUGAGCUCCAGUACCACCCACCUGUCUCCUGGGCCUUGGCGUGCCUACGGAAGGCUGUGUCUGCCCAGCUUAAGGACUCUGCUUCUGACCCCACCCUGUUCCUUCCCUCUGCUCCAGCCUGUUUUCUCUUUUCUGUAGGAUGCAAUGAUUUCUCCCCAUAAAGCUUUCUGCAGAUCCAC